GGUUCCUUCUAGAGUAACAUGAAACACGAGACACACACUUGAAAAGUAAACCAAAGUGGUACAAUUUAAGGGAUUUUCUUAUGGUUUCAGUUUUUUCCUGUUAUAGAAUGCAAAGCUUUGUGAAUCUGUAGUUUGAGGUUGUAAUUGGUCGGCCUCUCUGACAGCAAUAAAACGGAAUGCACUAUAAUAGAAUCAGAGGGGAGAUGUACCAUGUGAUACACACAAAGUUAAAAUGAAGAAAUUAAAUCUCAGGUGUGAGCUGAAUUGGCGUAUAUAUAUACUCAACAGUAAGCUAGUGUAUCAUGGCAGAUACUAGGAGACGUGUUAAGCUCUAUGCCCUUAAUGCUGAUCGACAGUGGGAUGAUCGGGGAACUGGUCAUGUGUCCUCUUCAUAUGUUGAUAAGUUGAAAGGCAUGUCUCUGUUAGUUCGUGCAGAAUCUGAUGGAUCUUUACUACUUGAAUCAAAAAUUCAUCCAGAUACUGCCUAUCAAAAGCAACAGGAAACACUUAUUGUAUGGUCAGAAGGAGAAAAUUAUGAUCUUGCCUUAAGUUUCCAGGAGAAAGCAGGCUGUGAUGAAAUCUGGGAGAAAAUUUGUCAAGUACAAGGAAAAGAUCCUUCUGUAGAAAUUACACAGGAUAUAGUUGAAGAAUCAGAAGACGAAAGAUAUGAAGAUGUAUCUGAUACAGCACCGCCCAUUGAGCUCCCUCCCUGUGAAGUCAGCAGACUAGAAGAAAUUAGUGAAUUAAUAAGCAGUUGCUUGCCAUCUCCCAUUCGACGAGAAAAACUAGCCGUUGCUCUUGAGUCUGAAAACUACAUUAAGAAACUCUUAGAAGUUUUUCAUAUGUGUGAAGAUUUGGAAAACAUAGACAGUCUUCAUCAGUUGUAUGAAAUAUUUAGGAAUAUUUUUCUUUUAAACAAAAAUGCAUUAUUUGAAGUCAUGUUUGCAGAUGACACAAUUUUUGAUGUGGUAGGUGUUUUGGAAUAUGACCCCUCAUCUCCCACUCCAAAGCAACAUAGAGACUAUUUACGAACUAUUUCCAAGUUUAAGGAGGUAAUAUCCAUCAGUAACCCUGAGCUAGUGAACAAAAUACACCAAACCUAUCGUGUACAGUAUAUUCAAGAUGCUGUGCUCCCUACUCCAUCUGUAUUUGAGGAAAACAUGCUUUCAACUUUGAGUUCUUUCAUAUUUUUUAACAAAGUGGAAAUUGUUUCAUUGUUACAGGAAGAGGAAAAGUUUCUGGGAGAAUUAUUUGUUCAGUUGACAGAUGAAGCAACAGAUGAUGAGAAGAGGAGAGAUCUUGUGUUAUUUCUCAAAGAAUUUUGCACUUUCUCCCAAACACUUCAACCUCAAAGUCGAGAAACAUUUUUUAAGAUGCUGUCCAAUCUUGGUGUGCUACAAGCAUUAGAAAUAACUCUGGGUAUGGAUGAUCCUACGAUCAAAUCUGCAUCAAUAGACAUCCUUUCAUAUAUUGUGGACUUCAGUCCACCAAUGGUUCGUGAAUAUGCUCUACAGCAAGGAACUCCGCAAGAUGAUGAUCAGUUGAUUAUCAACAUUAUCAUAGAACAGAUGAUAUGUGAUCUUGACCCAGAUCUUGGAGGUGCAGUACAACUUGUAGGAAUUUUGAAACUGCUUUUAGAUCCUGACAAUAUGUUAGUUACAGUUAAUAAAUCGGAGAAGACAGAUUUUCUCAACUUCUUUUACAAGCACUGCAUGCAUGUGUUAAUAGCACCGGUGUUAGCUAAUACAGCUGAAGAAAAGCCAAGUAAAGAGGAUAGCCAGACAGCUCAGUUACUUGGAUUAAUAUUGGAACUUUUAACAUUUUGCGUGGAACAUCACACCUAUCACAUAAAAAACUACAUUCUUCACAAGGACUUGUUAAGAAGGAUUCUCGUCCUCUUGAAAUCUAAACAUACAUUCCUUAAACUUUGUGCUGUUCGUUUUAUGAGAAGGAUCAUUGGUCUUAAAGAUGAAUUUUAUAAUCGAUACAUUAUUAAUGGCAAUCUUUUUGCUCCAGUUGUCGAAGCUUUUAAAAGAAACAAUGGUCGUUACAACCUUUUAGAUUCUGCCAUUUUAGAAUGUUGAAUUUAUAAAGUGGAAGAUAUAAAAUCCUUAGGUGCAAAUGUAGCUGAGAGGUUUGGUAAAGCACUGGAAAAGAUUGACUAUGUGCAGACUUUUAAAUCCCUUAAGUUAAGGUUUGAACAGCCACAAGAAAAACUGAAAGAUAGGACAUCACUUGAAAGUGUUUCGCCAAUUCUGCGUAAUAACAGAUACCGCAGAGAUCCACGACAGCUAGAUGAAGAUGAAGAAAUGUGGUUUAAUGAAGAGGAUGACUUGGAGGAUGGAGAACCAAUAAAUGACACCAUGAGCAAAAAGCUAGAUGCAGAGUUUGAUGAAAUUGGGAAAAUACUAGAUAAAAAGGGUAGAGACACAGAAGGAAAAGAAAACUUACGAUCAGUGCCUAACAAGGCAGGAUCUCCAGUUCUCAAUAGUCGUAAAGUAAGCUGUCCCGGUUCAAAUUCAGCCCAGCCCCUCAGUCCAUCAGUUGAAGUGAAGGGUGCAACUCUUACAAGAAAAGGUGGAUUAGUAGAUUAUCCCGAUGAAGAUUCUGAUGAAGAAGAAGAAGACCCUGCUGCAGUUCCUGCUUCUAAACGACCACGAUUAAACACGUAGCACAAUGAGAUACGGCUUAGUUGUUUUAAUGAUCUUUCAUAAUUUCUAAUGGUUCAAACAGGCAGAAAUAAUCAAGUGCACAUCACUGGUGUACCUGUGAGCACAAAUCUGUCAUCUAUGAACAAAGUCACUACUGUGACUACAUUGGUCAUGUGGGUCAGUGGUGUGUUGUCACAAAUCUGAAUUGCUGUUCAUACUACAAUUAAACAUUGUGUAUAAACUGUUCAACCAUAGUUACAGUGUUUAUAAAAUCCUAUGUGGAAUAUGAUAAAUAAUGGGCUCUUUUCUUCAGUCAUCAGUAUUACCAACCUCACAAGAUAGCAACAGAGCCAAAGUAAGAAAUUAAAGACAAAGUGGAAAACAUUAUCAGAUAACCCACCUUUUACCAGAUCAUGUAGUUCUUUAUGUGGUAAUGUUUUUUCAUUUUAUCACAUUAAAUUUUAUUCCAUGUGUAAUUUUUGAAAGACAGUUUUCUUCAGAAUGCAUGCUGUGUAUUGUAAAUGAUUUGUAGAAGAGGGGAAAAAAAAGUGUUUCAUUAUUGAGUGUGUGUGACAAUACCUUGUAAAUUUUCUUGGUUUUCCUAAGUUUACAGUGAGAGGUAUAAGACAUAAGGUCAUCAAGAGGCUUUUUGAAGUUAUAUAUAAUAUAUAUAUAUAAAUAUAUAUACUGGUAAGAUAUGAGAUGUUUCAAAACAUCUCAACUAAAAAAUUGAAUGCUUAUUCUCACCCUUUGGCCAGUCAGUUCACAAGACUGUUUGUAAGGAGUAUUUACUUGCAUCUUUCUGGGGGAAUUAAAACAUAUUGAUUUACGGAGCUGUUGAUAAAAUACGAUUAAAGGGCUAUAUGGAAAAAUUUAUAAUUUUUCCAUUGGAAAAUAGCCAGUGGGAUUCUGUAUAUGUAUGUGUGUGUGUAUGUAUAUAUAUAUAUACAUAUAUAUUCACACAUCCAUGUGUGUAUAUGUCUUGUAUGGUGAGUCCUUUUCACUGAUGCCUUCUAAUCCCAACAGUCAGAAAUCAGAUUUGGAAAGAAAAUAAAAAGUACAAGAGACAUCUUUAAAAACUGGUUAAAAUAUUUUUAUACAUUUAUCUCCCUUUACCUCAGCAUUUGUAGCAUACGUGGACUUUCUUGCUGCUUCAAGUAGUUUGUAAUAUACAGCAUGGAAAGAUAACAGAAAUUUAAGAUGUAAGUGUACCAAUGAAAUUUUAAUGUGGAAAAAUAUAUGUAUAAAUUAGAAAAACUUUCAUCCGCCUGUUUCAACAUAAGUUGGCUGUCAUUGAUCAGUGCUUUGUUUAUUAUGUGAUCUGUAUCAAUUUUUGUAAAAAAGAAAAAAAAAUCUAAAGCAGGUAAAAGAUUUUUUGGUAGUCUUCAUCUUAGAGUGUAGGGUUAUUUGCAUAUGUAGGAUAUUCAUGGUGGUGUUGUUUUUACUAAAAGAAUUAAAAAAAACAAAAAUCUCCAGUA